GGAGACCGCGUUUCUCGCGAGGGACGCCCUGCGCGUUCAUGCUGGAUUAGCGCGCCCGCGCUUGAAUACCGGCUUGAGCCGGUAAAGAGCUGCCAAAACAGCCAGGAAAUAAUUCACAGAAGACAAAAGAUGCAGUUGGCGGUGGUAGAACUAAAAGAGACCAAAGCAAUAUCGGCUUUACCAUAAGCUAGUUUAUUUUAAGAAUGAGCAGAAAGUGUCUUAGAUAUUAGAAUUUUAAAAAGAAAAAGCUUUUCUACGUAAAUUAUUGCUCUCUCUAGCUCGGCAAAUAGGUCUAUACAUUAUAUAAAACGUAAAGCCACAAUGCAAUGACGACGAGAUAGAAAACCCGGCUUUGUCGCACCAGAAGGCUACUUCUCCUAACAUCUCUCGUCAACAGUGCCGGUGACCUGCUGUAGCCAUGAGGGUGCCCAGUUACCACCAUUGUUUGGGUCCAAAUGUUUACCCAGCGGUGCCUGAUGGCGGCUGGGGCUGGGCUGUGGCUGUGGCUUUCUUCUUUGUGGAGGUCUGCACCUAUGGGACCCUCAAGAGCUUGGGCGUCUUCCUCCAGGAUCUGAUGGAAGAGUUUGGGGAGAGCAACAGCCGUGUGUCAUGGGUCAUCUCCAUCUGUGUUUUCAUCUUUACCUUCACUGCUCCCCUGUCCACCGUGAUGAGCAACCGCUUUGGCUAUCGACCAGUGGUCAUGAUGGGAGGCUUCCUCAUCAGCCUGGGAACCAUCACCUCGGCCUUCACCAACUCCAUCAAUGAGAUGUACAUCACAAUCGGCAUUGUUUCGGGCCUUGGCUACUGCCUUACGUUCCUCCCCACCGUCACCAUCCUAGCCCAGUACUUCUCCAGACGACGAGCCCUCGUUACCUCCAUCGCUUCCUCAGGAGAAUCCUUCGCCAUAUUCGCAUUUGCUCCCCUCUUCACUUCACUGAAGGAGCACAUUGGAUGGCGCUACUGUCUAGUUAUCCUUGGCACCUUUCAGGCUUCUGUGAUUGUUUGUGGACUUCUCCUUCGUCCAAUCAUUAUUCAGCCAGAGCCUGCAGAGGAGGAGGAAGACGAAGCAAGUAAAGAGUCUCUCUCUUUGAAGCAGCUGGAGACUGUGUAUGAGCUGGAGAACGAACAAACUAGAACAUCAAUCAGUUCAGGAGUCUCCCGGGGCUCAGAGGAUUCAGGUGUCACCUCCCUCUCUGCUUCAAACGUAGACCUGCGCACCGCAGGAGCCGAAGCCAAGGCUCUGAUGGAGCUGGAAGUGCGGGACAAAGAUGGCCAGGUGCUGUCACUUUCCACAUCUUCCACCUCAGUCAAGAAGGAGGAAGAGGGCGAACUAGGAGACGUAGAGGCGGGUCCUCUACAGCCCUCUAGCUCCAAACUCCUGGACUUCUCUGUGCUUAAAGAUGGUGCCUUCAUCUGGUAUUCCCUCUUUGGCUUGUUUGCAACGUUGGGCUUCUUCGCCCCACAGCUCUACGUCAUCGAACUGAGCAAGAGCCGGGGCGUGGAGCCCAGCAUGGCCUCCUACAUGCUCUCUGUGAUGGCUGUGGCUGAAAUCUUCGGCCGCUUGUCCAUCGGGGUGGUGUUAAACAAAGUUAACUGCAGGAAAACCCUGGUGCUUCUGGGCUGUGUGGUUGCGCUGUGCCUAGUGUUGGUGGCCUUCGCUAUCGUGUGGGAGUUCUGGGGUCUGGUGGUCUGCUGCGCCCUCUACGGCUACUUCAUGGGCACCGUAGGCUCCACUCACAUCCCCAUGCUGGCCGAGGAGGACGUGGUGGGCAUCCAGAAGAUGGCUUCGUCUGUAGGAGUGUAUGUUUUCAUCCAGAGCUUUGCCGGGCUGGCAGGGCCCCCGCUAGGAGGUGUGUUGGUGGAUGUCACGCAGAACUAUGGCGCUGCCUUCUACUCCUGUGCAGUGGGCAUGGGCAUCAGUGCCAUCUGCCUGGCUCUGGUGGGCCCAGCCAAGUCUGGUAUGUGUCAAAGACAUAGCAAAAACAAAGAGAAAGGCGGGAGCCCGGAGGAAGAGGAGAACAUGUCUCAGGACAACGACCAGCUGGACUUUUUGGAGGUGGACUUUGCCCCGGAGACCAGUCCAGUCAAGCAGGCUGUGGAUCAGAAAAAAGGCUCUGUAAUAUGAACCGGACCACAGCAUGACAUCACCUCAUAGCCAACGACUCACCACCAGGGCCAACAACAAAUACAGACACACUGUGAGAGGCUGCAGGAUGGUCCUCACAGUUGCUACUGCUGGCCCCAAAUCUCAGGUGUCAAUUCUCUCACAUUCUGACAAGCUUGAAGUUCCCUCCUUCCCAGGAAGGAAGCAGUCUCUCCUCUGAGACCAAAGGCACGCCCAUGCUGAACGCAUGAGGUCACACCUACGCCAUUUAACAAUUUUACACUUCUGAUCCAGCUGCUGAGGGCAAGACCUCACUUAUAUUGAGAGCUUUCACAAUCCUCCGUAUACUCUAAGUGUGUUUUCUGUUUGAGCAGGACUACCUCUAUCUCAGGAAAGAAGUGUUGUUGUCAUGGAUACUGAAGAGUGAUAAACAUUAGGUUAGACAAAACAGUCAUGAUGUUUGUCAGGUGCGUGGGCCUCUGUAAUACCAUGACUGUGUUGUACCUGCUGCUUCUCGCCCAUGACGAGGCAUGUAUCCUCACUGAAGUCCUGCAACGGCUCAUUCAUUCCAGCUGCACAUUGUGUUGGAAGUGCAAGUGCUGAAUUCACGCAUGGCAAACACGUGACACAGUCACUUCUUCUCCAAAGCCUGUGCAGUGAAACACACACUAUGGCUUCAAAAUGUAUAAAAUGAACAGCAGACAAUCUACCUGCAUGCAUUUGAUGCAUGGAGAAUGAUCACUACUGCUAAAGUCACACAGUCAUGCAAUUUGUACAUACAGUUUGUCUCCUAUCUGAUACGCACAUUCAUGUAAUUGAUAUUUAAUUUCUACCACUACGGAAACUAAAGCAAUACUGCAGCAGUAUUCACUGAUCCUUCAGAAUGAGCUCAGUCUCAGUACAUGGCUCCUGUAUUGUAUGAUUCUGUGAUACUGUGGGAUUCAUUUGCAUGAGCCUCAGAAACUUUUUUCUUUACUCUGUGCUGCUUUGGGUAAGAGCAAAAAACUGUAUAUCUAUUAUGCUGUCAAGAUCCUGUUGACUCACUGUAGACCGACCUUGUUACCCAGGUAACAGCAUACAAAAUGAAAAGCAAUUAUGAUACAGUAGAACUUAGUUUACAGUGAUGUAUUUUCCAUAGUGUAGACCUAGAUAUAUGGUCAGAAACACUUUUAUGUAUGCAAAGGUGUGAAGGAGAGAUUUGACAGGAGACCCCAUCAGAAGUCACUCCUGCAAUCUUAGAUCGUCUCCACAUGCAUUACAUGACUUGAAGUUUAGUUCACAAACCUUUCCUUGAACACCUUUAAUUUAAUAUUUGUUUUUUUUAAUACAACUUUUUCAUUUUUUUAUUUAAUUGAGUGACAGGCAGGUCCCUGCCUGCUAAAUGCUAUAUUGCUUUCACUGUGUAUUUUCUAAAUAAAAUCUCCUCCAAGCUCA